AUGCGCAUCACGACCAACACCGCCCGUAAAGGCGCACUGCUUGUCCUCCUUGCAAGGGUUGGAGCUGUACCAACCACGACAAUUUCGGCAGCUGGAAACGCAGGCGCAAGCAGUGCAGAUGUGUAUCCUCCCGCUGGCACCGAGGUCAACUCCGAACUCUUCCCGCCAGAAUCUGUCGUCGGCUUCCCUGGCCCGACCCCCACAGGCGCUGAGCCGAAUGCCAUCCAAACAGCACCGUCGUAUCCUUACAACGAUGGCGAUGCAUCUUCAUACCCUCUGAUCAAGCCACAGCCCCAUGGCAGUGGCUCGCAGUCUCCAAACUUUGACAUCACAAAAUACUGGGGUAACUUGAGCCCAUGGUAUUCGGUUCGCAGCGCAGACUACGGUCUUCCUGAUGCCAGCCCUCUGAUCCCGGAUGGCUGCGACAUCACCCAGAUGCAUCUGCUCUACCGUCACGGCGCUAGAUACCCAACCAGUGGCGCUGCGCCCGCUACCUUUGCUCAGAAAAUUGCGAACGCUACGAAAACUGGUCUUGCAUUCUCUGGAGAGCUUUCUUUCCUGAGCGAUUGGACAUACAAGUUGGGCGCCGAGCUCCUAACACCGUCGGGUCGCAGCAUGAACUUCCUAUUGGGUAUUGAGUACCGCCAAUUGUAUGGCCAUCUUUUGAACAACUUUACUGAAGCGGGCACCAUUCCGGUCUUCCGAACACAGUCCCAAGACCGGAUGGUGAAGACUGCGGAAAACUUCGCUGCCGGUUUCUUUGGGGUACCCGAGUACAUGGACGAGGUCAACAUUGAGUUGCUUGUUGAGACUCUAGGCGUGAACAACUCCGGCGCACCAUACGAAAUCUGCAACAACUCGAACAUUGCGACCCGAGGCAGUAUCGGUAGCCGUGUAGCAGCUCAGUUUGCGAACAACGCGUUCAACGCCACUCUCGUUCGUCUGCAGUCGCAGGCUAGCGGUAUCAACUUUACUUCCACCGACGCCGUCGCUAUGCUCCAACUUUGCUCGUAUGAGACACACGCUCUCGGCUACUCUGCCUUCUGCAAUCUCUUCAACGAACAAGACUUCCUGAAUUAUGAGUACUACUUCGAUCUGUCCUUCUACUACAACAACGGCCCAGGAUCCCCUGUGUCUGCUGCUCAAGGCAAAGGCUUCCUAGACGAAUUCAUCGCACGCUUCACCCAUCAGUAUCCCGGCGCUAACUCCGCGCUGAACGAGACUUUCGACAACUCGUCGACAUACUUCCCGCUCGACCAGUCUAUCUAUGCCGAUGCUACGCACGAAGUUGUCGUCCUUGAUACACUCACUGCGUUCAACUUGACGGCUUUGUUCAAAGGCCCACCGCUGAGUCCUCUUGGUAAUGAAGGGCAAAACAGCUUCGUAGCUAGCAAGCUCGUGCCGUUUGCCACCCACUUCACCACUCAGGUUCUUUCUUGCCCUGCUAUGCAACCAACAAAGCAGAUCAGAUUCAUUGUUAAUGACGCCGUUGUCCCGAUCAAUGAGUCUCAUCCAGGAUGUCCCGCUGAUGCAAACGGUCUCUGCUCUUUCGACCACGUUGUCGAGCUCCUCCAAAAACGCAGUGCAGAAAUCGACUUCAAUUAUGACUGCUUCGCAAAUUAUACAGUAGAGCCGGGAAUGGACUACAACGGAAGGGCACCUAGAUCAUAG